AAUCCCGGGGCCCAAUCCCGGGGCCCAAUCCCGGGGCCCAAUCCCGGGGCCCAAUCCCGGGGCCCUAUCCCGGGGCCCAAUCCCGGGGCCCAAUCCGGGGGCAUGCCGCCCGGAGCCGGCCGGGGCGCGCGCUGCAGACCAGCCGGGCGGCAGGCUUGACCCCGCUGCCCGCGGAGGUGGCGUCGGGACCGAACCCGGAGGAUGGCCUCGGUGUUCAUGUGCGGCGUGGAGGACCUGCUGUUCGCCGGCAGCCGCUUCGUGUGGAACCUGACGGUGACCACGCUGCGGAGGUGGUCCUCGGAGCGGCUGCGGGCUUGCCACCAGGUGCUGCGGACGUGGUGCGGGCUGCGCGACGUGUACCAGAUGACAGAGGGCAGGCACUGCCAGGUGCACCUCCUGGAUGACAGAAGGCUGGAGCUGCUGGUUCAGCCCAAACUUCUGUCCAGAGAGCUGCUGGACCUGGUGGCUUCACACUUCAACCUGAAGGAGAAGGAGUACUUUGGAAUAACGUUCACAGACGACACGGGUCAGCAGAACUGGCUGCAAUUGGACCACCGAGUUCUGGACCAUGAUCUGCCCAAGAAGCCGGGCCCAGCCGCCUUGCAGUUUGCCGUCAGGUUUUACAUCGAGAGCAUAUCGUUUCUAAGGGAGAAAACCACCGUGGAGCUGUUUUUCCUGAACGCCAAGGCCUGCGUGCACAAGGGGCAGAUCGAAGUGGACAGCGAGACCAUCUUCAAGUUAGCAGCCCUGGUUUUGCAGGAAGCCAAGGGAGACUACACCAGUGAUGAAAGUGCCCGGAAGGACCUGAAGACCCUGGCAGCCUUUCCCACCCGGACUCUGCAGGAGCACCCAUCUCUCACUUACUGUGAGGACCGGGCCAUCGAGCACUAUCUGAAGGUCAGAGGACUGACCCGGGGACAGGCUGUGGUCCAGUACAUGAAGAUCGUUGAGGUCCUGCCCACCUACGGGGUCCAUUACUACGCAGUAAAGGAUAAACAGGGACUUCCUUGGUGGCUUGGCAUCAGCUACAAGGGCAUCGGCCAGUAUGACUUACAGGACAAGGUGAAGCCUCGGAAGUUGUUCCAGUGGAAACAGCUGGAGAACUUGUAUUUCCGUGAGAAGAAGUUUGCCGUGGAGGUCCACGACCCGCGAAGGAUUUCGGUGUCUAGAAGGACCUUUGGGCAGAGCGGCCUCUUUGUGCAAACCUGGUAUGCAAACUCUUCUCUCAUCAAGUCCAUCUGGGUCAUGGCCAUCAGUCAGCACCAGUUCUACCUGGACCGCAAGCAGAGCAAAGCAAAAAUUCCUACAGCCAGGAGUUUAGACGACAUCGCAAUGGAUUUGACAGACACUGGAACACAAAGGGUCUCCAAACUGGUGACCCUGGAGGCGAAGGGUCAGUUCAUCAUGGCCAGCAAUGGCAGCCUAAUAUCCUCAGGUUCUCAAGACUCGGAAGCCAGCGAGGAGCAGAAGCGCGAGAAGAUCCUGGAGCUCAGGAGGAAGGAGAAGCAGCUGCAGGAGAAGCUCCUGAAGAAGGUGGAGGAGCUGAGGAAGAUCUGUCUGCGCGAGGCCGAGCUCACGGGCAAAGUGCCCAAGGAGUAUCCCCUGAACGCAGGCGAGAAGCCUCCGCAGGUCAGGAGGCGUGUGGGCACUGCCUUCAAGCUGGAGGACAGCCUGCUGCCCAGCGAGGAGGGCCCGGCGCUGCAAGGCCUGGAGAGUAACUUCCUGAUACAGCAAAAGUUGGUCGAAGCCGCGAAGAAGCUUGCCAACGAGCCCGACCUGUGCAAGACGGUGAGGAAGAGACGGAAGCAGGACUACAGCGAGGCGGUGAGAAAGCUGCAGGAGAUCGAGAACGCCAUCAACGAGUGCCGCAUCCGAGGCGGGAAGAAGGCCAGCCCGAGAGCCUCGGGCGCCGUGGCCGAUGACAUCAUCCCCUCGGAGAGCAGCUCCUUGUCGGACACCACCACCUAUGACGAUCCCAAUGAUGCCUUCACGCUUUCUGGGCAGCGACCAAGUUCAGUACCUCACUCUCCAAGAAUCCUUCCCCCCAAGUCUCUGGGCAUUGAGCGAGUCCACUUCAGAAAGUCGUCCUGCGGCGAGCAGUUUGUGGACACCAGGCAGUCCAGAGAAAUGCUGUCCACACAGAGCAGCCCCUACAAGACCCUGGAGAGGCGGCCCCCGGGAGGGCGCAGCAUGCCCACCACGCCUGUGCUCACCCGCAAUGCCUACAGCAGCACCCACUUGGAACCGGAAUCUUCCUCUCAGCACUGCCGCCUUCGAAGCGGGAGCCUCGAGUCCCGAUCCCACCUGCUGUCCGAGAUGGACGACGACAAGCCAUUUCUCUCCCUCUCCAAAUCCCAAAGAAGCAGCAGCACCGAGGUGCUGGACGACGGGUCCUCGCACACCAGCCAGUCCAGCACCGAGUACUACUGCGUGACGCCCACCGCGGGCCCCUACUACACCACCCAGACCCUGGACACGCGCUCGCGGGGCCGGAGAAGGUCCAAGAAGCAGCACGUGUGCACCUCGAGUUCGGGAAGCAUGCCCAACCUGGCCCAAAAGGACAGCUCGCGGACCGGCCUCUACGGCAGGAGCCAGGAGCUGCCCCCUGGCUACUACGUGGCCGGGUCCGCACCCUACGCUGAGUGCGACCUGUACUACGCGGGCUGUGUCUACGAGAACGACACGGAGGGACACUACAGCGUCAACCCUUCCUACCGCUCCUCGGCGCACUACGGCUAUGACCGCCAGAGGGACUACUGCAGGUCCUUCCAUGAGGACGAGGUGGACCGCGCGCCCCACAACCCCUAUGCCACCCUGCGGCUGCCCAGGAAGGCGGCCGUGAAGUCCGAGCACAUCACCAAGAACAUCCACAAGGCUCUGGUCGCCGAGCACCUGCGCGGCUGGUACCAGCGGGCCUCGGGGCAGAAGGAUCCGGGGCACAGCCCGCAGACCAGCUUCGACUCGGACAGGGGCUCGCAGCGAUGCCUGGGCUUCGCCGGGCUGCAGGUUCCUUGCUCCCCUAGCAGCCGAGCGUCAUCCUACACCUCAGUGUCUUCUACAAACACUUCUGGGAACUGGAGGACCCAGUUGACCAUAGGGCUAUCGGAAUAUGAGACUCCCGCCCAUCCGUACACCAGCUGCUAUGGCACCGUGUACCAUCCUUUGCCCUCGCCCAGCAGACAGUACCCAGAGGCCCACCAACUGGACGGUGCAGCUGCGCCCGGGCUGGAGGGCGGCCUGGACAGCGGGGAGCAGAGGCUGUACUGGCACGAAGACUCAAAGCCUGGGACGUUAGUCUGACCUGCCGUCGGAGCUCUCUGCCGAGCCUGCGUCUCACCCUGGUGUGCCUUGCAAGAUGUGCGUGUCUCCCCGGAAGGCUGUGGGCUCCAGAGACCCGAGGGUGCCCAGGGCGGAGGGCCCAGGCUGCCUGCAAGGAAAUCUCUGCAGCCCAGGCGCCCUGCUCCGAGUCCAGGCCCACCCAGGGCCCCUGCAGGACAGGACUCCGCCAGACGCCCUCCCACGGCGUGCACUUUGGGAGGGAGUAAAUCGUCGAAGGCAGACCUCAAAACCAUGACUGCAUUCAGGGAGGGCGUCCCCUGGGCGGGCAGGCCAGGGUUUCAGAGCACAAUGGAGAAUGCAGAAGGAAGGGAAACCGGGGGUCCUGGGCCGCGCGCGGCUCAUCAGCAGCGUGACCUUGUGAGCCUCGGAGAGGAGCCUGCCGUGGGGACACGGACACGAACCAUGUAGACAGUAUUGGAAAAUUACUUGAAGAGAAGCUGGGUUUUCAUGAAGUUCCGAAUGCGUGUAAAUGUGUUUAGGCUGUUGUGAAGAGUGACCUUUUUCAAAGCACCAUGGCGCGGGUUCUAGACAGACACUGCCGUCGCAUCCUGCGAGAUGACUUCUGGUAGCCACGGGGGGGGGGG